AUGUUGUUAAUACUUGUCAGCUGCUGGUUUGAGAGGGUGAUGGCGGUGGCGGUGGAGGGAACACGCGCGCGUGUCGGUGGCAUGAGAGUGGUGCGCCUGUGCUUUUGCAACUUUUCUUUCUCUGUGUGCGUCUCUCCUGUCUUUGGUGUCCCCUCAAGCAUACUCUGCCAGUUCCAGAGCUCAGGCGCACUCCACACACACACACACACACACACACACACACACAGCACAGCCGAAGAAACGAACCUGCAGAUGAGGAUCUUCAAGGACGCUCUGACAAACGCCGAGGUCUUCUGCGACAACGACAGGCCCGUGGAAGUCGAGGGCGACAUUGUGUACAUGCUGAAGGGCAGCUACAUUGAGGUGGGCGGCGAGGACUACGGCAUCUCGGCCAACGUGGACGAGGACGCCGGCGAGGGCGCGGUGGGCGAUGUCGAUGACUCCAAGAGCAGGUCAUUAGAUGUGGUGCACAACAACCGCUACACCGAGACCAACUAC